AUGCGAGGGCUACCGACUACAGGACCAAACCGGCCAAAGAAGUUAGUCCGCCAUCGCCAACAACAUCCAGUGUGCUUGGCAACAAUUGACGUUGGGACGUUUAUUGGAAGACGUCGUGAACUGACAGACAGUAUCUACGAAAUAUGGGGAUGCAGGCGUGAGGUCGGGAGGCCAAAGAUUCGCUGGUUGGACCGUGUGAAGCUGGAUAUGAUGGAUGCGUAUUUGUGCGGCACAAACGCUAAGAAGGAAGAGGGAAGAAGGAAGAAGGAAGAAGAAGGAAGAAGGAAGAAGGAAGAAGGAAGAAGAAGGAAGGAAGAAGAAGGAAGAAGAAGGAAGAAGGAAGAAGAAGGAAGAAGGAAGAAGAAGGAAGAAGGAAGAAGGAAGAAGGAAGAAGAAGGAAGAAGAAGAAGAAGGAAGAAGAAGGAAGAAGGAAGAAGAAGGAAGAAGGAAGAAGAAGGAAGAAGAGGAAGAAGAAGGAAGAAGGAAGAAGAAGGAAGAAGGAAGAAGAAGAAGAAGGAAGAAGGAAGAAGGAAGAAGGAAGAAGGAAGGAAGAAGGAAGAAGGAAGAAGAAGGAAGAAGGAAGAAGAAGGAAGAAGGAAGAAGAAGGAAGAAGGAAGAAGGAAGAAGAAGAAGAAGAAGAAGAAGAAGAAGAAGGAGGAAGAAGGAAGAAGAAGGAAGAAGAAGGAAGAAGGAAGAAGGAAGAAGAAGAAGGAAGAAGGAAGAAGAAGGAAGAAGAAGGAAGAAGAAGGAAGAAGGAAGAAGAAGGAAGAAGGAAGAAGGAAGGAAGAAGGAAGAAGGAAGAAGGAAGAAGAAGGAAGAAGGAAGAAGAAGGAAGAAGGAAGAAGAAGGAAGAAGAAGGAAGAAGAAGGAAGAAGGAAGAAGAAGGAAGAAGAAGGAAGAAGGAAGAAGGAAGGAAGAAGGAAGAAGGAAGAAGGAAGAAGAAGGAAGAAGGAAGAAGGAAGAAGAAGGAAGAAGGAAGAAGGAAGAAGAAGAAGAAGGAAGAAGGAAGAAGGAAGAAGGAAGAAGAAGGAAGAAGGAAGAAGAAGGAAGAAGGAAGAAGGAAGAAGAAGGAAGAAGAAGGAAGAAGAAGGAAGAAGGAAGAAGAAGGAAGAAGGAAGAAGAAGGAAGAAGAAGGAAGAAGGAAGAAGAAGGAAGAAGGAAGAAGGACCCGGUCUCCACAGAAUCAAGCCUGAACAUCUAAAGUACCUACCGCCAGUCCCCAUGAAGACGCUGGAGAGGCUCUUCACUCGUUAUCUGUCGGAAUUUAAAGCUCCUAAGCAAUGA